CAUGAAAGUGCUGCGCGUCCAUGUCAAGUAAAGUAAGCGAGUUUUCGACUCGGUAAUUUAAGAUCAAUAUAAAUUAAAAAUGCGGAUUCUCAUAUAAGUUACAGAAAUUGUGUUUUUGGACUAUCAUGGACUCGAUCAAAAUAUGUUAGUGUGAUUAUAAGUGUUAAAAGGGAUUAGGCCAUAAUCUCUUGCAUCGUGAACACUUGAAGUACAUUGCCGUAGAGAAAUGACGGGACAGUCCUUUAUCUUGAACAAAGUGAAGUGUUAGCCCUUAAUUGUGAGAACUCGUUUUUGUCAUUAUGUAGUAAAGACGUUCAGUUUUUAUUACGUUUAUUUUAAUAAAUACUGUAUUUAGGAGUUUGCUUAGUUAUUGUUAUGUCGUCGAGAUGAUGUGGUUUUGCGCAGCGGUGGCGGCCGCGGUGAUAGCCGCUUUGAAUGUACAAGGGGAACAAGUUAUGCUUCUUGAUACAACAACAGAAUCGAAUCUUGGAUGGACACGUUAUCCUUAUGGACCACAGGCCAAUACACCUGGUUGGACGGAAGAAUCUUAUACUAAUUUCGAGAAACUAAUAAAUUGGCGAUCUUAUGUGGUGUGUGAUGUUGCACACCAUAAUGUUAAUAAUUGGUUAUGGACUCCAUUUAUAGAGAGAAGAAAUGCAAAUCGAAUUUAUAUUGAGAUCAAAUUUACUAUUAGAGACUGUUCACUUUUCCCAGGCAAUGCACUAAGUUGUAAGGAGACAUUCAGCUUACUAUACUAUGAGUUUGAUGUUGCUACAAGAGAACAACCACCAUGGGAGCCAGAAAGCUAUAAAUUAGUUGGCAGAAUUGCAGCUGGAGAAGGAAGAUUUAACACAAAUUCAGAAGUGAAUAUUAACACUGAAGUCAAAAGUAUAGCAGUGACAAAAAGGGGUGUUUAUAUCGCAUUUAGAGAUCAAGGAGCAUGUAUUUCUAUUUUAGCAGUAAAAGUUUAUUACAUAACUUGCCCAGAAGUAACAAUAAACUUUGCUAAAUUCCCUGCUACACCUACUGGGCGUGAAGUAACAGUUAUAGAACAGGCCAAUGGAACUUGUGUUGAGAAUGCUGAAACAGCAUCAGGUGAGGCAUCUCCAGUAUAUUUAUGCAAAGGGGAUGGUAAAUGGACUCUGCCAAGUGGUUCAUGCAAAUGUCGAGCUGGUUAUGAACCUGAUCAUAAUAACCAAAUCUGUAUUGAGUGUUCACCUGGUAAAUUUAAAUCUCACACCGGAGAUGAACCUUGUAUACCAUGCCCUGAUUAUUCAGAGACUACAGCCUAUGCAUCAGCAGAAUGUAAAUGUGUACCUGGGUUUUAUAGGGCCAAAAAAGAUCUCAAAAAUAUACCUUGUACCCAGCCACCUUCUGCACCCGAUAAUUUAACUGUAACUUUUGCUGAUCAAUUUUCAAUAUCACUUGCAUGGCAGCCUCCCCAUAAAACUGGAGGCCGUUCCGAUGUGACAUAUAAAAUUCAUUGCUUAAAUUGUGGCCCUAAUGUUGAAUAUAGACCUUCUGCAUCUGGCCUUAAUUCAACCAGAGUCACUAUAAUGGGGUUAGAUCCAGUAACAGAAUAUAAAUUUCAAGUUUUUGCUUUAAAUGGUGUUACUGACUUGACUGGUGAACCAGCCAAGAAAAUAGAAAUAACAGCUGUCACUGAAGCCUCUGUGGUCAGUGUCAUUACUAAGUUGAGAGUUGUAAGUGUAGAAAGUGACAAAUUGGCACUUGCCUGGAAUCCACCACCCAUAGACUUAACAGAUCCAGAUGAUGCCAUAGAAAGCUAUGAGGUGAAAUGUUUCCCAAAAGACAAUCUGGAAAAAAGUCCUAAUGCAUCAGUUAAAAUUACUAAAGAACCCCAUGUUAUUAUUACUAGCUUAAAGAGGGAUACAGAAUAUGGUAUUCGAGUAAGAGCUAAGAUGAAAAGAGGUUGGGGAGAAUUGAGUGGCAUUGUUUAUGCUAGAACUGGAUCUGUGCUUGAGACAUCAUUUGUUGGUGAAGAAGAAGGAGCACAAGUGCGUUUAGUAGCUGGUGUAAUGGUAGCAGUUGUUGUUCUCUCAGUGGUUGCAAUUAUUGCUACAGUUUUGUUUUUGCGGUCACGAGCUGAUGAUGAGUGUGAUAAAAAACAGCCAAGUGAUUGUAAUGCAUUGAACUAUCGUAAUGGGGAAGUUUACACUGGUCCAGACAGACCUGCAAAAACAAGCAGCAAUGCUACCACACCUCUGUUUGCAGGAACAGGUUCCAGGACAUAUAUAGAUCCACAUACUUAUGAAGAUCCUAAUCAAGCUGUACGAGAGUUUGCACGUGAAAUUGAUGCAUCUUGCAUAACAAUAGAGGCAAUUAUUGGUGGUGGAGAAUUUGGAGAUGUUUGUAGGGGCAAACUUAAAUUGCCUGCUAGUUGUGGUCAAGAAAUUGAUGUGGCUAUUAAAACACUCAAACCUGGAUCUACUGAGAGAGCGAGAAGAGAUUUCCUUGCAGAGGCAUCUAUAAUGGGUCAGUUUGAACAUCCUAAUGUCAUAUUUCUUCAAGGGGUUGUAACAAAAUGCAAUCCAAUUAUGAUUAUUACAGAAUUUAUGGAAAAUGGUUCUUUGGAUACUUUUCUACGUGCUAAUGAUGGCAAGUUUCGCGUUUUGCAGUUAGUCGGUAUGCUACGUGGUAUUGCUACUGGAAUGCAAUAUUUAUCAGAAAUGAAUUACAUACACCGUGAUCUAGCUGCACGUAAUGUUCUUGUAAAUUCUCAACUUGUUUGUAAAAUUGCCGAUUUUGGUUUAUCACGUGAAAUCGAAUCAACAGCAGACGGUGCUUAUACAACACGUGGAGGUAAAAUACCAGUACGCUGGACGGCUCCUGAAGCAAUUGCAUUUAGGAAGUUCACAUCAGCAAGUGAUGUGUGGUCUAUGGGUAUUGUUUGUUGGGAGGUUAUGAGUUUCGGUGAACGUCCAUAUUGGAAUUGGAGCAACCAGGAUGUCAUUAAAUCGAUAGAAAAAGGUUAUCGACUACCAGCACCAAUGGAUUGUCCAGAAGCAGUUUAUCAGUUAAUGCUUGAUUGCUGGCAAAAGGAACGUACCCAUAGACCUACUUUUGCAAGCAUAGUAAAAACUCUAGAUAAGCUUAUUCGUUGUCCCGACACUUUAAGAAAGAUAGCUCAAAACCGUUCAGCAGAUCCACUCGCAGGUGAUACACCUGAUUUGAUUCAAUUUUCUUCAGUUGAAGAAUGGUUGGAGUGCAUCAAAAUGUCCCGUUAUAUUGAAAAAUUUAGAGCUGCCGGUAUAUCGGAUAUGAAUGCCGUCGUGGACCUUACAGUUCAUCAGCUAGCCUCAUUAGGAGUGACGCUAGUUGGACAUCAGAAGAAAAUAAUGAACAGUGUUCAAAGUAUGCGUGCUCAAAUACGCGUUAGUGGCCCAUAUGGUUUUCUUGUUUAAUAAAGUGUUAAAGCAUUGAUAGUGUGUCUGUGAGAAGAAAACCAUUGGAUGUUGAUCUCCCAUUAAACGUGAUUGGAAUACAGUGAUUAAUAUUAAAAAAUGAUGCAUUUGUAUAUUUUUCUAAAAAAGGACUCAUAAGAAUAGACAAUCUUGGUGAACAUUGUUGUCUUUCAAUAGAUUUUAAGUAAAUUUAUCGUCUUGACAUGCUGUUUGAAUUUGUUUUUUUACUCUUUAUACAAACAUGAAAAUUUUAAAUACAGUUUUAAACAUAAAAUAACAAAACUUGCUGUCAAAUGCAAUGAUUACUUUUUGUUUUAAGUAAUAAAUUUAUUUGAUUGGAUAAAAGAAACAAACAUCUUGUUUCAAUACCAUGCAUAGAAAAGGCAAUUUAUAUAUUAAAUUUCAAAUUUUUUUUGUUUAUUAUACAUACUUUAAACAGAAAUAUGUUACAGCUAAAGGUGCAGUUAAACAAUUAUAUGAGGGCCUAAAUAUUAGAAAAUUUAUUUAUAAAAAAACCAUAGCUUUAUAAACCGUCUUGCUGCUACUGUACAUCGAAAUAAAUGUCAAUAUUUUUUUUAGAUAAUUUUUUAUGUUACUUUUCAAUACAAGUAUUUUGGAUAUGUUGAAAAAACUAACAAAGGCUAAAUGAUAAAUGAACAAAGGAGAAAUUAAUUAUCUUAAUUUAUGAAAUACUUUUUUGUAGUAACACUAAAAUACAUAUAUAAAUUCAAUAGAAAAAAGUGCAUUUUUCAAGUAAGCAUUGACAUUUAAAAUAUUGAAAUAGAUUUGAAAAAGAAGAAUAUAGUAUAAGAGUAACUAACAUCUUUAUAUAGAAACAUUCCGACUAACAAUUAUAAUUUUUUUUCUUUUUAAGAAUAUACAUUGUAGGUAGCUAAAUUUGCUGUAAUAAUUUUGAUAUAUAAUUGUGUUUAUUAAAGUUUAAAUUUUUAUAUAAGGAUAAUAAUGUUGUAGUAUAAGAAUGUGUAAGAAAUACUCAAAAGUCUAUGCCAGUCAUAAGAUUUUAUUUAUCCAAAAUUCGAUUUUUAUAUGUGUAUACUGCCAUUGUGAUCAGACUCAAGUACUUAAUGAACUUAUAAACUUGCCACAAUUUCAUCGCAUUUGUUUAAGUUUUUCUUUACUUUUAUAUGUAAAUAAGGCUGAAUUUACGGAUAUGUGGUAUGUGUUAUGUUAGCGUAAAACCUUGCUUUAAUAUAUUAGAUUUUUCAUCAAAAUUUUAUAUGUAUCGUACCUAGUUUUUGAGUGAUCCGAGUGUUUAAUUAUGGCUGUGUAAUACAGAUCAUGUUAAAAAUAUUGUUUGAAGUAUUAUAAUGAAUCUUCAUUUUUAUAUUUUAACUUAAAACUGGAAAUGUAAUUUUUAGUUGAUCCACAUGAGUUGAUUAUUUGGCGUAUCUACGAUGCCUUUUUACGUGUAGACAUUUUCUUAUUUAGAACUUUUAAAAAACUUUAUAGAAUAGCCUAGGGUAAAUAAAUAAUACUGCCAAUAUAGUCGUAAGAGCUUUGUAUUCCCAGCUUGUGAGGGUGCGAUCGCUUACUUAUGAUGUGAAUGCUAUGCGAGUUUAGUAAUAUUAUAUAUUUAAAUUUAAAUGCUGAGCGAUUUAUUAUUAAUGGCGAUGAAAUGGCUUGCGAAUUUCUUAUAAAAGUCUCAUUAGUGUUUUGUUUGCUUUAUCAGUUAACUUAGGCAGUUGAGUGUUAUCAUACAUCAAUUUGAAUAUUGUGAAACGUGUUCUAACAUCGAUAUUCCUUCAACUAUUUAACAUAUAUUUUUACACGAAGCUUUCAAAUGAACAAACACUAUAAAGACUUACAAAGCGAUUAUUUUUUUCAGAACAAAUUCAUGGCAUAUUUAUCGCUAUAACAUUUUCGCGCUAUUUGAUAUGUUGAUUAUAUUAUGUCACAAGCAAAAUAUUUUUACAUUUUACGGAUUUAACGCCACUUCCUCAAUUUCUCUUUGACAGAUACAUAGCUCUUUCAAAACGUUACUAUCAUUCAUCUACAUUUGUAAUAGUGGUAAGCUGUUUAUAUCCAAUUAAAGUUUUUUUUCUCAAGAAUUUGAAUAAUGGUAUUUAAAGAUUUUCUAUAAACAGCAGCAAUAUCGCCUGAAUUAAUUGUAUACAUUUCUAUGCCACUGAUACGUGUUUUUAUGCAAAAAUGAGUUAGAAAAUAUUUCGAAGAGUUUUGACACGAGACGGAAACGUUUAAAACCAUUCGUAUGUCUUCGUUAAACUUCGUCACGUAUGUAUGUAGCGUCGCGAUUACUUUCGGCUUAAAAUUAUUCGCCACGAGAUACUCGAGCCCGAUGACGUCAUUAGGCCACUGUCUGACUUGUCUUGCAAUUUAUUUUUUCUUUUAUUUACCAGGUAAAUUAUUAAAUAUUCCGCUUAGCAUCUGCAUAAUAAGCACGUAUUAAUUUGUCAAAUAUUUAUUGACAACGUUACACGUAUAGCAGGAAAUGUAUUAAAAAACGUUUAUGAUUAAAAAAAAAUCUUUAAAAUAUUUAUUAAUCAGUUAAAAGAAGAAGUAACUGACAUACUCAUGGUAUUUUUUUUUAUCUCAGUAGAAAUCUUAGUCUUAUAAGUCUUAUGUGGAAGUCUCCCAUCUUCCUAAGAAAACUUUCUCUUCCUACAGUUGAAACUAUUGUUUCCUUUAUAGUUGCGUCUUGUUCUUACCAAACUUUGCUUGUGUUUCUAACGUCCCCCUUUUUCAAAUAAGUAGUGCAAGUCGCAGAAAAAUGAUGAGAAAUAUUUAAGGAUGAACGUUUAAAAAAUCAUCUACUGAAAUAUUUUAAUAAUAUCGAUGCCGAACAAUAAAAUUUUAAUAUACAAAUUAAAAUAUCAGUACUCGGAUUAUUAAUUAGGUUUUGUCAAUUUAGAGCUAUUUAAAUUGAUAUAUAAACUAGAAGAUAAUUGGAAUUUGUUAAUUUUGAAAUUGAUGUGAUAUUGGUAAAAAUAACAGUUUUUUUUUUACUUAAUAAUAAAUUUCAAUAUACUAUAUUCCAGUUAAAAAUUCGAAACCAAUUCACGCGUCUGCUACACUACCGAUCUAAUAAUAUAUAAAUCAUCGUGAAAAAAAGGUAUAAAUCGACAACUAAAGUUUAAUUUUCAAAAAUUAUGUAAUUGGCUUGGAAAAGAUUAAAAUUAUUUAUUUAAAGCAAGGGUAUUUUUGUGGUUUGUCAAAUAUAUAUUUUGUUAAAACACCUUGCCAGUGUCUUCCAUGGUCCACUUCUAUAAUGAAGUAGUCUAAAUUAAAUUCUUCUUAAAAAAUAUACUUGAAUAAAUGAUAAGGAUGUGUUAAAGCUCGUUGUAAAAAAAACCACCUUUAAGACAUAAUAACAACAAUCUGUUGGGUUGCCAUAUAGGUAUGAACUUUUAUAAAUUUCUUAUCUUCAAGCCUUGUAUAAACUAGUCACUAUUAUUGCCACUAAUUUUCAGUGAUGUAUUUAACGCUGUUGAUUUGGAUCUAUCUAGCUGUGCUUAAGUUUUUCAUUGUGUUUCUGAUGUUAUUCAGUGGGUUGACUUACGUCGUUGCUGUGUGCUAAGGUCUAAUCAUUUGAUUUUUACCCUGAAACCGGUUUUCCGUAGCUUAUCCCAUUUCCGAUUUUCCCUGUUAUUAUACUUUACUAAUCCAAUCCAAGACAUGAGUACAUCUCUUCAACUCUGAAUAAAUAGUAUUUUAUAAAGUAUAUUCGAACUGUUUAAGUUUGAUCAUAUAUCUAAAUACCAAGCAGGCCUUGGGAUCCCUUCGAACCAGGAUACACUGUAUUUUAUUCACUAUCUGUUUUAUGUUUGCCCGUCUCCGCUCCGUUUUUCAUUCUUUUCCUUUACUAACCCCUUACCUCUGCUUAUAUAUCUUUUCGGUCACCGUUAUCUGCAAUCCCGUAUUUGCUAAUCGUCUGGAACCGUCGAUCGCUCUUACCUACAAUACUGUAGAUCGUCUUUAAUAUCAAUUCAGCAAGAGUGGUCAAUAAAAUGACUGACGAAAUCGAUCAUUAAAGUUAUCUUUUUAUGUUUUCAAGUGUCGUUAAUAUUGCUUAUCACUUUAUCCGUAAUUUUGUUUCAUAGAAAUAUUUAUUAAUUUAUCUUAGAAAUGUAUUUGCUAGGAGUACAUUACUUUGAAAUAUCUACUUGUUAUUAUUUUGCAUUAUUCCGGUCAACCAACUCCUAUAAUCUAAAGUUGUCUGUAAGAGAUUGCUCAUAGCAAUAAGACCGUCUUUGCACGCUUCUCGUCUGAUUUUCUAAUUAUUUUUACCUUAUAAUAGUACGUUUGUAUAAUUUUUGUGUGUGCAAUAAAGCAAAUAAUAAAAAAUAAAUAAAUAUUCAUUACCUAUAUAAAUAUUUUAAAUGUAACUUGUAAAAAAAUUACAAAGUCGGUCUUAUAACACCAAUUAUUAUCAUAUCCAAUAAUCAAAGUAGAUAUAAUAUUUAUAUUGAUAGUAAUAUGAAUAGGUCGAAAGCAUAUUAUUUAUGACCUUGAUUAUUUUCAAAGUUAUGGAGAUGAUACGAUUUUUGAUACAACGGACAAAAAAAGUAGCUAUUUAUAAAAAAAAUUGCUUGUCCAGUAUUGUAAUUGGUUCUUAGUGUAAUAUUAAAAUAUUUAUUUUUUAUUGAUAUAGUGAUAUAGAAAGAUUCAAUUUUUUCUUUUCAAUGAAGUGUAUGAUUGUAUUUAUGUUUAUAAUCAUAUUUUAAUGUUAAUCUAAAAUUCAAACUUAUUGUUUCUCAGUAUUGCUUUUUUAUACAUUUUUUAACUUGAUGUCGUUAUAAAUGUAUGUGAUUGUACAUUGUGUCUCCGAUAAUAAUCUGUACGCCUAAAGCAAUAAAUUCGCCUCUUUUAGAAGGAUGUAAGACACAUUUGUACAAGAAUAAAUUUAAAUUACAUAGUUUGUAUAUUUGUAGCGUCUUUCCUCGUCAUUUUUUUAUUAAUAUUUAAUUAACAUUUUUGAGUAAGGGAUAUAACAGUUUUGUUAUCCGAGUAUUUAUAAAAAAUGUUUUAAACUAUAUUAAUACGUCGAUGAGGAAAGGUCGCAUUCUUUAUAUGUGAUACUGUAAGGAUAAAAGCCAUACUCAGAACUAAAUGAAUAUUUAGUAUGUAAAAUUGCUUACGCGAGAGUUGUCGUAGAGCUAAUCAUUAUUGUCAUUUAUUAAAUUGAAUAGUUGAACUGUAGUAACACCAAUCAUAGCCUAAUUACUUGUAAUUCAUAGAGUGAUCUUAGUUUAAUAAUAAUUAUUAUAAGAUUUUUUAUAUAUAGAGCUAUUACGGGGGCACUGAUUGCGCCUUUUGGACGAAGAUGUUUUAAUUUAUUUCAAAUAUCUGUUUAUACAUUAAAAUAUGAUAAGAUGAUUUAUAAAGGAAAUGAUGUGAAAUUAAAGAAUUUGCUAAUACCAUGAACCGAUUGUGGUUUCCACAAUGCCCCCGAGUAGUUACAGAUCGUUAAAGUAUAACUUAGGCAGCCUAAAUUUUUAAAUCGGAUUAGAUACAAUCAAUGAAAGUGUAAGCUUGGCUAUAAUUUAUGUAAUAAAUAUUGAUACUUAUAUAA